AUGAACCUUGCCUCCUUUCUCUACUACUAUCUUGAUGAUAUGGUUGAUGAGAUGGUAAACCAAAAAGGAAAAUUUGCUGGUCUGCCACCUGAAAUUGUGAAGGCUAUAAAGGCAUGCCAAUCAGUCUAUAAGAAGUACUUUAAUAAAAUGGAUACAUCUGAUAUCUAUCUUAUUGCUAUGGUACUAGACCCUCGCAUCAAGACACGCCUUUUAGAGGCUUACUUUGAUGACGCAAACCAUGUCGCUUCUCUAGUAGAGGGAAUUACGAAGAAACUUGAGAUCAUGUGCCCAUGUCUUCCUGAUCCUCAGAAUUCAACUUUUCAAGAAGGUUAUCUUCAACAGAAUGGAAAGCGUCGCUAUCAACUUGAAGAUGAUGAUUUCCUCAAACUUGGGAGGAAGCGGCAGCGAGCAUCAGCUUCUGAGAUUACAAGGUGGUUUAAGACAGAACCAAUUGAUGGUCCUGAGCCCUUAGAGCUAGGUUAUGAGGAUUGGCUUCUCAAUUGGUGGCGAAAAUAUGCAGAUGAGUACCCCCGAUUAGCUAUUGCGGCCCAGGCUUUUCUUGGUAUCCCUUUUUCUGAAGUUGCAGUUGAAAGGCUAUUUAGUAAAGGGAGGGAUAUGAUUGGAAUCCGACGGUACCAGCUGAAUGGUCAGUCUCUUCGAGUACUCAUGAGUCUAAAAGAUACUUUUACCAAAGAAAGAAACAACGAGGGGGAAAUGGAAGAAAUGGGAAAAGAGGAGAUAGAGCCAGAGGAGGGGGAAUUAUAG